GUGCUGUCACAUAAGUUUCAGGCCAGUGAAAAACUGCUGGGGCUAGACCGUCAUGGGCGAGGCCAGCAGAGAUGAGUAUAAAAUCCAGUCUUUCGAUGCAGAGACUCAGCAGCUGCUGAAGACUGCACUCAAAGAUCCAGGUGCUGUGGACCUGGAGAGAGUAGCCAACGUGAUUGUGGACCAUUCUCUGCAGGACUGCGUAUUCAGCAAGGAAGCAGGACGGAUGUGCUACGCCAUCAUUCAGGCAGAGAGUAAGCAAGCAGGCCAGAGCGUCUUCCGCCGUGGGCUCCUCAACCGGCUGCAGAAGGAGUACGAUGCCCGGGAGCAGCUUCGAGCAUGCUCCCUGCAGGGCUGGGUCUGCUAUGUCACCUUUAUCUGCAACAUCUUUGACUACCUGAGGGUGAACAACAUGCCCAUGAUGGCCCUGGUUAACCCUGUCUAUGACUGUCUCUUCCAGCUGGCCCAGCCUGAGAGUCUGAGCAGGGAAGAGGAGGUGGACUGCCUGGUGCUGCAGCUGCACCGGGUUGGGGAGCAGCUGGAGAAGAUGAAUGGGCAGCGCAUGGAUGAGCUCUUUAUCCUAAUCCGGGAUGGCUUCCUGCUCCCCAUAGACCUCAGCUCCCUGGCCCGGUUGCUGCUGCUGGAGAUCAUUGAGUUCCGGGCAGCUGGCUGGAAGACCACGCCUGCCGCUCAUAAGUAUUACUACAGUGAGGUGUCUGACUAAGCUAGGCUCCACGUGCGCCUAUGGCUGCACACGCCUUCUUGCGACCCUCCUUAAAAGCAGGCACCACAAUCCUUGCCUCAGUCCCUUCCAGACUUUUCUGACUGCUGUGGUUCUGCCCUCUUCCCUCACUCUAGAGCUGAAGAAACCAUAGAGACUUGGCUGGAGACUGUCCUGUCUUCCUCUGCCUUCAAGUCCUUUUAGUUUCCCACCACCUUCCACCUGGGGGUGGGGUGGAUCAACUAACAACCACUGAACUGUGUAACCACUGGUGCAACACAACCUUGGUGCCUCAGUUUUCCCAUCUGUAAAAUUGGCAAUUAUAGCCAUCGGUGGAAUGCUUUGGGAUAUUAAGGGCAAGUUACAGAGAACUGUUUUAUAUGUUUUAUAGACUUUUGUGGCAAUAAGCCUGUUUCCUCCAGUCCAUUUUCAUGAGUGACUGCCACACCAGGUUGGGGUGGGGGUUUUCUAAUAAAUAUUUUCUGAAACCAAA